AUGGCUAUUCCUUUCAUCGGGAGGCUUCGCCCUCACGAAUAUCUCGCUCUCGUGGGAUCAUUUAUUCUCGUCGGUCUCGAGGCAAUCAUUCGAGUCUUGACUUUGGCUUUGCCGAUAUCCACCAAGGUACGAGACGCGCCAGACUUUGUUGAGCUGUGUCGCAUUUGGGGCUACGAAGCAGAGGAACAUAUCGUUCAGACCAAGGAUGGAUAUCUUUUAGGUCUUCAUCGUCUGCAGUGGCGAAAGGGCGAAGAAGGACAGAAAGUCAACUACGGCCCCACGAGUCUGAAAAAGAAGGUCAUCUACAUGCACCAUGGCCUUCUUAUGAAUUCAGAGGUUUGGGUUGCUCUCACGGAUGAGCAGAGAUGUCUACCAUUCGAGCUGGUUGAGAGAGGUUACGACUUUGGAAAUAAUCGGGGUAACAAGUACUCCAAAAAGUCAAUCAACCAGUCGCCAACCUCCAAUGCCUUCUGGGACUUUUCCAUUGACGAGUUUGCCUUCCACGACAUUCCGGAUAGCAUCAGUUAUAUCCUUGAUACAACCCAGCAGGAGAGUCUCUCGUACAUCGGCUUUUCGCAAGGUACAGCUCAGGCUUUCGCCAGCUUAGCCAUCCAUCCCAAGCUCAACAACCAGAUCAAUGUCUUCAUCGCUCUCGCGCCUGCUAUGGCGCCUGCCGGCUUAUCUAGUGGAAUUGUCGACGCGCUCGUAACGGCAUCGCCUUCUGUUCUGUUCCUCUUGUUCGGUCGUCGUUCCAUUCUCAGUUCCGCUACUAUGUGGGAGACCAUCUUGUACCCGCCCAUCUUCAGCAAGCUCAUCGACAUGGGGCUUUCAUUCUUGUUCAAUUGGCAAACCUUCAAUAUCUCCGCGAGCCAGAAAUUGGCUGCCUACCCACAUUUGUACUCUUUUACGAGCACCAAGAGUGUGGUUCACUGGUUCCAGAUCAUUCGAAACAAAUCCUUCCAAAUGUAUGACGAUGACGUUCACCAGCCAAUCAGUGUCACUUCAAGCAGCAAAUACUCCAAGGUUGCCAAGUACCCGACUCGAAACAUCAAAACACCAAUCGUUCUGGUUUACGGUGGCAGCGAUUCCCUGGUUGAUAUCAAGGUUAUGCUCAAGGAACUACCCCCUCAAACUGUGGCAACCGAGAUUCCUCACUAUGAACAUCUUGACUUUCUCUGGGCUCGGGAUGUCGAUACACAAGUUUUCCAGCACGUGUUUGAUGCGCUUGACAGCUUCACUGAUGCCGAACAUACAAAGGAGGAAUAUGAUCGUUACUAUGUCAGUCGGCAGGAGAGUCUUCUAGGGUCAGGGUAUGCGUUUGGGCAUGCUCAUCAUGGCAGUGAGAGCGAGUCUUCGACACUUACACCAAGUAUCGAGGGAGCCAAUGGUGCCCAACUUACGCCCCAGCCUCAGCCACACCGAGCACGAGAGCAAGCGUCUGGAAUUCCUUCUCCGAAGAACACGACAAGACACAGAGUGAAAUACUCGGGUGAGAUACCUGCAGGCGACCGACCAGCCACCCCUGAGAUUUUUAAGAGUGCUGCGGGAAGAGACUCACCUGAAAGUGGAUUGGAUUCCCCAGUGGCGGCCAGGGUAAAAGCUGGUGUCAAGCGCAGCGGGAGUGUCGGGAGCAAUAUCAGCCUAGAUAUGCGAGAGGGUCGCGGUAUCAGUGUCGGUGCGAGUAAGGCUGCUGGUGGCAUUGUGACGAAGAGCGGCGCCAGCGGAACCAACGUGGAGGAGAGUCCUAGAAGGGACAGCUCUGCAGAAAAGAAAAAGAAGUAG